AUGAAGUUCACAACCAUCGCCGCCGCUAUUCUCUCCAUGGCCACCUUCGCCAUCGCAGCCCCCGUCGCCAUACCUACAUCAGACAAAGAUGUGCAAGUCCGACAGAACCACGGCAAGUGCGUCAAGAGCGCAGGCGGCGGAGUAAUGGAGGACGUCAACUGCUAG